CUUCCCUGGGAGUGUCACGACCCGCGGGGUGAGGGUGGGAGCUCCUCUCCUGACCACCCGUUGCAGGCAGUCAGCCCGUCAUUCGGGAUCGUCUUCAGCCCUCGCGGCUGUCCUUUUGGUGUUUCUUUCCCCCGGCAUGGGGCCAUUUCUUCCUGCAGUGCCUGGAGGAACCAUGAUGCGGUGUAGACGGCGGGUGCUUAAUAAAUGCGAGUUGGAUUAGGGCGCGUGGACUGCCAGGCACAGAACGUGGCGUGGACUGGGGACGUGGAGGAGGGAGCCAGACAGGCCGGGGCUGUAGGCUGGAGCUUGGGGUUUUCCUCCGUGCUCCGCCGGUAAAGCCAGCAGGCGAGAUUCAGAUGCUUUCCGCGUGGACUCGAUGCUCGGCUCUCCCUUCGCUACUCGGUGCAAGCCUGCGCUGGCUGGCUCUGAUUGUGGGCGAUACCGGGAGGGAGUUUGUCAGGUUCCUUCUUCCGGAAGAGACAAGACACUGCCCUAGCCAUCAUGGAGGUGGCCGAGGUGGAAAGUCCUCUGAACCCCAGCUGUAAGAUAAUGACCUUCAGACCCUCCAUGGAGGAGUUCCGGGAGUUCAACAAAUACCUUGCAUACAUGGAGUCUAAAGGAGCCCAUCGCGCGGGUCUUGCAAAGGUGAUUCCUCCUAAGGAGUGGAAGCCAAGACAGUGCUAUGAUGACAUUGAUAAUUUGCUCAUUCCAGCACCAAUUCAGCAGAUGGUCACAGGGCAGUCAGGACUGUUCACUCAGUACAACAUCCAGAAAAAAGCGAUGACUGUGAAGGAGUUCAGGCAGCUGGCCAACAGUGGCAAAUAUUGUACUCCAAGAUACUUGGAUUACGAAGAUUUGGAGCGCAAGUACUGGAAGAACUUAACUUUUGUGGCACCCAUCUAUGGUGCAGAUAUUAACGGGAGCAUAUAUGAUGAGGGUGUGGAUGAAUGGAACAUAGCUCGCCUGAAUACAGUCUUGGAUGUGGUUGAAGAAGAGUGUGGCAUUUCUAUUGAGGGUGUAAAUACCCCAUAUCUCUAUUUUGGCAUGUGGAAGACCACGUUUGCAUGGCACACUGAAGACAUGGACCUCUAUAGCAUUAAUUAUCUCCACUUUGGAGAGCCCAAGUCUUGGUAUGCUAUACCUCCGGAGCAUGGAAAACGACUUGAAAGACUAGCUCAAGGUUUUUUCCCAAGCAGCUCCCAAGGGUGUGAUGCAUUUCUUCGCCACAAGAUGACAUUGAUUUCUCCAUCGGUAUUGAAGAAAUACGGUAUUCCCUUUGACAAAAUAACCCAGGAGGCUGGAGAAUUCAUGAUCACUUUCCCAUAUGGCUACCAUGCUGGUUUUAAUCAUGGUUUCAACUGUGCAGAAUCUACAAAUUUUGCUACUGUCAGAUGGAUUGACUAUGGAAAAGUUGCCAAAUUGUGCACUUGCAGGAAAGACAUGGUGAAAAUUUCAAUGGAUAUCUUUGUGAGGAAAUUUCAGCCAGACAGAUAUCAGCUUUGGAAACAAGGAAAGGAUAUAUACACCAUUGAUCACACGAAGCCUACUCCAGCAUCCACUCCUGAAGUAAAAGCAUGGCUGCAGAGGAGGAGGAAAGUAAGAAAAGCAUCCCGGAGCUUCCAGUGUGCUAGGUCUACCUCUAAAAGGCCUAAGGCUGAUGAGGAAGAGGAAGUGUCAGCUGAAGUCGAUGGGGCAGAGGUCCCUAACCCCGACUCAGACACAGAUGACCUCAAGGUCAGUGAAAACUCAGAAGCAGCAGCGAAGCUGAGGAACACAGAAGCACCUUCAGAAGAAGAGUCGUCUGCUAGGAGGAUGCAGGUGGAUCAGAAUUUAUCAGAUCAUAUCAAACUCUCAGGAAACAGCUGCUUAAGUACAUCUGUAACAGAAGACACAAAAACUGAGGAUGACAAAGCUUACGCAUAUAGAAGUGUACCUUCUAUACCCAGUGAGGCUGAUGAUUCCAUUCCAUUGUCUAGUGUCUAUGAGAAGCCCGAGAAAUCAGACCCACCUGAGCUUUCAUGGCCAAAGUCACCUGACUCAUGCUCAUCAGUGGCAGAGAGUAAUGGUGUGUUAACAGAGGGAGAAGAGAGUGAUGUGGAGAGCCAUGGGAAUGGCCUUGAACCUGGGGAAAUCCCAGCGGUCCCCAGUGGAGAGAGAAAUGGCUUCAAAGUCCCCAGUAUAACAGAGGGAGAGAACAAAACCUCUAAGAGUUGGCGCCAUCCACUUAGCAGGCCUCCAGCAAGAUCCCCGAUGACUCUUGUGAAGCAGCAGGCGCCAAGUGAUGAAGAAUUGCCUGAGGUUCUGUCCAUUGAGGAGGAAGUGGAAGAAACAGAGUCUUGGGCGAAACCUCUCAUCCAUCUUUGGCAGACGAAGUCCCCUAACUUCGCAGCUGAGCAAGAGUAUAAUGCAACAGUGGCCAGGAUGAAGCCGCACUGUGCCAUCUGCACUCUGCUCAUGCCGUACCACAAGCCAGAUAGCAGCAAUGAAGAAAAUGAUGCUAGAUGGGAGACAAAAUUAGAUGAAGUAGUUACGUCGGAAGGAAAGACUAAGCCCCUCAUACCAGAGAUGUGUUUUAUUUAUAGUGAAGAAAAUAUAGAAUAUUCUCCACCCAAUGCCUUCCUUGAAGAGGAUGGAACAAGUCUUCUGAUUUCCUGUGCGAAGUGCUGCGUACGGGUUCAUGCAAGUUGUUAUGGUAUUCCUUCUCAUGAGAUCUGUGAUGGAUGGCUGUGUGCCCGGUGCAAAAGAAAUGCGUGGACAGCAGAAUGCUGUCUCUGCAAUUUGAGAGGAGGUGCUCUUAAGCAAACGAAGAACAAUAAGUGGGCCCAUGUCAUGUGCGCCGUUGCGGUCCCAGAAGUUCGAUUCACUAAUGUCCCAGAAAGGACACAAAUAGAUGUAGGCAGAAUACCUUUACAGAGGUUAAAAUUGAAAUGCAUCUUCUGCAGACAUCGGGUCAAGAGGGUCUCUGGAGCCUGCAUCCAGUGUUCCUAUGGUCGCUGCCCGGCCUCCUUCCAUGUCACUUGUGCCCAUGCUGCUGGGGUACUGAUGGAGCCUGAUGAUUGGCCUUAUGUGGUGAACAUUACAUGCUUUCGACAUAAGGUCAACCCCAGUGUGUUCACAGCACAGAGUAAGCACUCAAAAAAUGAAAGUUGUAUUGCUACUACUACUUCUACUGCUGCUGCUGCUGGUGCUACAAUCUUAUGUGAGCUGGGCCACAAGUCCAAGGCUUGCGAGAAGGUCAUUUCCGUGGGUCAAACGGUCAUCACGAAGCAUCGGAACACCCGGUAUUACAGUUGCAGAGUGAUGGCUGUGACAUCACAGACCUUCUAUGAGGUCAUGUUUGAUGAUGGCUCGUUCAGCAGAGACACAUUUCCUGAGGAUAUCGUGAGCCGAGACUGUCUGAAGCUGGGCCCACCUGCCGAGGGAGAAGUCGUCCAAGUCAAGUGGCCUGAUGGCAAACUCUAUGGAGCAAAAUAUUUUGGAUCAAAUAUUGCCCACAUGUACCAGGUUGAGUUUGAAGAUGGAUCCCAGAUAGCAAUGAAGCGAGAGGACAUCUACACUUUAGAUGAAGAGUUACCCAAGAGAGUGAAAGCUCGAUUUUCCACAGCCUCUGACAUGCGAUUUGAAGACACAUUUUAUGGAGCAGACAUUAUCCAAGGGGAGAGAAAGAGACAAAGAGUGCUGAGCUCCAGGUUUAAGAACGAAUAUGUGGCCGACCCUGUGUACCGCACUUUUCUGAAGAGCUCUUUCCAGAAGAAGUGCCAGAAGAGACAGUAGUCUGCAUACAUCGCUGCAGGCCACAGAGCAGCUUGGGUUGGAGGAGAGAAGAUGAAGGGACAUCCUUGGGGCUGUGCCAUGAGUUUUGCUGGUGUAGGUGACGGGGUGUGUCUCUGACAGUGGUAAAUCGGGUUUCCAGAGUUUGGUCACCAAAAAUACAAAAUACACAUAAUUAAUUGGAUGCCGCAAUCUGAAAUCAUCUCUAGUCUUGCUUUCACUUGUGAGCAAUUGUCUUCUAUGAUCCCAAAGAAGUUUUCUAAGUGAAAGGAAAUACUAGUGAAUCACCCACUAGGAAAAGCCACUGCCACAGAGGAGGCGGGUCCCCUUGUGCGGCUUAGGGCCCUGUCAGGAAACACACGGGGACCUCUCUCUGCAGGUCCAGCAGGUGGCACCUCGGUACCCAGCGGGGAGGGCGAUACUUUAUAUAUUUUCCACAGUCAGGGAAGGACUCUCACUUAUUUGUUUCAAAUUGCAGUUUUUAUAAAACAUUUUUAAAACACAAAUGGCAUGUAUGCUAAUGAGAUUUACCCGUGUGCUAUCUGUAUUUCCCUUGUACAGAACUUUUACAUUUUUGAAUAUUCCUAUUACUUUUGAUUGUGUCUGAUGGGAACUGAGUUGUUGGCCUUUGUGAAAUGAAACUUUUGGCUCUUGAGAAAGAAUUCUUAUGAAUUGUUAUGCGAAUUUUAUAUAUUUAAAGAGGGAGAUCUGGGGCUGUUAUUUUUAAACACUUUUUUUCAUAAUACAUAUUCUGAGUAGAUAUUUAUAAAAUAUAUGUUUCUUUCAUUAUGUGUUUGUAAAAUUAGAGUUUAAAUAAAUAUGCUUUGAUGCAUAGUUUUGAACUAAUGUAACAUGAUUUUUCUUUUUUAAAACAGCCUGAAAAUGUACUAGUGUUUAAAAAUAAAGAUUUCCAUUUUCUCCA